ACUAACCAAUCAAUGUGGCUUCCGUUCCCAGCCUAACAGCUAAGCUAACAAUUUAGCUGAUACUACCUUCGAUUUCACACCAGUCUAAACGUCUACACUACUGCCAAAAGAUACACUACUUACUAUUUUCCUUGUUUUACUUUCCUAGGAAUCACUAAGGACGUAACAGACUGUUUAUGCAACCAGGGUGAAGCGUUGAGCAUUUCCCCCGACAAGUUAGUGCGCCGGAGUGUAGCUGCAGAAGCUCUGAAAAACGUUAACUCGAGAUAAGCUAACGAAAACAGAAACAACGCCAUCAUCUACAAAGGAAGCGAGAGUCUUGAAAAUGAGAGGUUCCUACGGAGACAGAGAUAGAGACAGAGAUAGAGAUAGAGACAGAGAUAGAGAUAGAGACAGAGAUAGAGACAGAGACAGGGACAGGGAUAGAGAUAGAGACCGAGACCGUGGUCGUGACAGGGGGAGCCCUCGUUUUGGGUCUAGCAGAAGCAGUUCAUCAUCGAUUAAAAAAUACGGCAGUCCUGGCGAGCGUUUACGGAAGAAAAGAUGGGACCUGGAUGAUCUCCCUAAAUUUGAGAAGAACUUUUACAACGAACAUCCGGAAGUACAGCGCAUGAGUCAGUAUGACAUUGAGGAGUUCAGAAGGAAGAAAGAAAUAACUAUCCGAGGUUCAGGAUGCCCAAAGCCCGUUACCGCCUUCCAUCAAGCAAAGUUUCCCCAAUAUGUAUUGGAUGUCUUGAUGCAACAAAAUUUCAAGGAGCCAACAGCCAUUCAGGCGCAAGGAUUCCCGCUAGCCCUCAGUGGGAAAAACAUGGUGGGAAUUGCGCAGACCGGCUCAGGGAAGACUCUUUCGUAUCUAUUGCCAGCCAUUGUGCACAUCAACCAUCAGCCGUUCCUGGAGCGUGGAGAUGGCCCCGUUUGCUUGGUUCUAGCCCCAACAAGAGAACUGGCACAACAGGUCCAGCAGGUGGCGUACGAUUAUGGGAAAUCAUCCCGUAUCAAAACUACAUGUGUUUAUGGAGGUGCUCCCAAAGGACCUCAGAUCCGAGAUCUGGAGAGAGGGGUUGAAAUCUGUAUCGCCACUCCUGGUCGUCUGAUUGACUUUCUUGAGGCGGGAAAGACCAAUCUGCGGCGUUGCACAUAUUUAGUUCUGGAUGAAGCUGACCGCAUGCUGGACAUGGGUUUUGAACCCCAGAUUCGCAAAAUUGUGGACCAGAUCAGGCCGGAUAGACAGACACUGAUGUGGAGUGCCACCUGGCCUAAAGAGGUGCGUCAGCUGGCUGAAGACUUCCUUAAAGACUAUGUGCAGAUCAAUGUUGGUGCACUUGAGCUAAGUGCAAACCACAACAUCCUUCAGAUAGUGGACGUGUGCAUGGAUAGUGAAAAGGACAACAAGUUGAUACAGCUGAUGGAGGAGAUAAUGGCUGAAAAAGAGAACAAGACUAUCAUCUUUGUCGAGACCAAGAAGCGAUGUGAUGACCUCACACGUAGGAUGAGACGUGAUGGGUGGCCAGCAAUGUGCAUUCACGGUGACAAGAGCCAGCCAGAGAGAGAUUGGGUGUUGUCAGAGUUCCGAAGUGGUAAAGCUCCAAUUCUCAUCGCUACUGAUGUGGCUUCCCGUGGUUUGGACGUGGAAGAUGUAAAGUUUGUCAUCAACUAUGACUACCCCAAUUCCUCGGAAGACUACAUCCAUCGGAUCGGACGAACAGCCCGCAGUAACAACAAAGGAACUGCGUACACUUUCUUUACUCCGGGUAACCUCCGCCAGGCCCGCGAUCUGAUCCGGGUUCUGGAGGAAGCCCGACAGGACAUCAAUCCCAAACUGUUGCAGCUGGUUGACUCUGGACGGGGAGGAGGAGGCAGCAGUGGAGGUGGCCGUUCCCGUUUCAGAGGCGGCUCGUCUUCCAACAAUCCCAACCUGAUGUACCAAGAUGAGUGCGAACGACGAAUGCGCUCAGUCAGCAGCAGCGGCAAAGACGGACGAUCGAGUAGCAGCAGCUAUGGCCGCGACGGGCACGAAUCACGCGAUUCCCGAGACGGUCGAGGCGCGAGCAGCCGGGACGGGGACCGCCUCUCCUCCUCAUCCUCUUCCUCGUCUUACAGGGAUCGCAGCAGCAGGGACGGAGGACGCGGCUACGUUUCCGGUUCCGGCUCCACCUCCGCCUCCGACCCGUACCAGAAGACUAACAGUAACAGCGGCGACGGUAGUACAAGCCAAUACAGUCUUCCCGUGGGCGGCUCCGCGCCACUGGGAGCUGAAGUGGGGCUAGUCCCACCGGGUUACUCAUGCCCCCAGCCCCUAAUGGUCCAGCAGUUCAUCCCGCCUCAGCCCAUGGUCCCCUUCCAGUUUGUUCAACCUCCGCAACCACAACCACCACCUCCUGGUGUAGACUAAAUCACAUCUACUCACAUGUCAUCAUGAGCCAGUCUGACCACUUACAAAAAGAGAAACAGGGUUACACUGCAUUAACUUGGCUCAAGUCGUGAAAUAAGGAAUGAAUAAGUAAAACUGAUAGAAAAGGACCAUAGCUUUAGAAUUCUAAAAACAAAUGUACAGCUGUCUUGGUGUGUUUAUUUAUACUAAAUACACUUAGAGAUUUGUCCUUACGUCAGUGGUAUUGUUUUUGCUUUGAAGACAUGUGAACACCUUUUUUAAAGAUCACUGACAACCUGCGCGGUGAACUGACGCUUGCUUGUGGUUCGGCAUCUGCAUCGUCAGAAUUUUCAGCUAAGCUUUAUUCACUGAAAAUAUUUCGGUUUUCGGCAUGACGUCUUUGAAUCUUGAUACCAAGGAAACAAUUUGAAGUGAAAUAAGCUGCUCUAUUUUCUCAAAAUUAAUCUUCUGUUCCUCCUUUAAUUACUUGCAGAUUUUUGCUAUAUAUUUUUUUUUCAACAAAAUUUCUAUUUACAUUUUUUUUCCUGAUUUCCCCCAUGUAUUUUUAAGACACAAAAUUUUAACCCACAAUAGGACACUCGUUGAACAUCUUAGCUGCCAUUGACAGCAUUAGACUAGACUUGACAAGACACCCUACCUAUUUCCACUUAUGUUCGUUCACCCCUCAAGUCCAAGUCAAAAUGGGUUGGACGUCUGGCACCGUCAAUGACAUUGAAAGUUAAGCAUUCACAGGCCCGUCCUCCCAGUUUGAAUUGGACGGUUAUCGUUGUCAAUGCCAGACAAUGAGUUAAAAAAUAAUAAUAAUAAAAUAAAUGAGUUAAAAAUAAAAAUAAAAAAAUAAAAAACAGCCCAAUCACACUAGAGUGUAUUUCUGGUAUUCUUAUUUUAAUUUUCUGAAUUUGUUUUGUUUUUUAAAACAUUGAAAUGAUUUAUAUCAAAAAUAAAAAUAUAUAUAAUUGAGAUCACAAUAUUAACAUUUGGAGUAAAAGUGUGGUCUACAUGACCUACAAUGUGAUCUAUCUUUAUAGGGUUCAUUUAUGUUUGUUCAUUUACUAAAAAAAAGGUUAGGUAAUGCAAAUAAAGUGCAUCUUAAAUAUCUUUUACUCACCGCCUAUUUGUGCUGUGCUGUCAGCUCCCAAAAUACAAAGUAGUAGCUUCUUUCUCAUGGAACACUAUAAAAAAAAAAAAAAUUUUAAACUCGAAUUCACAAUAUAACUGGAGUUAGCGUUGUAUGGUAUUGCAACAUAUGGCUGUAUUUAAAAUCGUGAGUAGUUUUUGACUUCAAAUUUUCAAUCUUUUUGUAAAAAUGUUUUUCCCGUGAUAGUGAUUGCAUUGUUGAUAUUUAGUUGGUUAGAAACUUGAUUCUCAAAAUCAGAAGCAUUGGAAGAUGAAUGCAUCUUUGUUGCAGUUGAAAACAGUUCCAUGUUUUAACAUUAUGACUUUCAAUUGUAUUAUUUAGCAUGUUGAUUCUUUGUGUAUAUUAAUCUCAAAGAAGCUACAUGAUUUCCCCGUGUGUUCACACCUUUGUAGCAGUGAACUUUAUUUGGUGCAUUUUUGACCCGAUUAAAGUUCUUUGUUAUGUCA